UCUUGACACAGCAGCUGAAGUCGGAGACCUGGCGCUGAACAAAGAUAUGUUGUUGAUACAGCACAGUCGGUGUCGGUACAGUGUCUGACCAUUUAACGUUGCAUCUGGGUCGCGGUUAUCCUAAGCGUAAUUUAAUUCGUUUAGUAAGUUUAGUAAUACAUCGGUAUACCAUCGGCCCCGGGAAUUCCCUCAGGUGAGAGCUGUUCAUUCCCGAAGAGGGCCGUUGUUUUCAUCCGUUCGUCGUUUGGCAAAAAAAAUGGAGGUCCAGACGUGUUGCGGUUGUUGCUCGCUGAAACCGGGAACGAUCACCGUCGGGGUACUCUGCACGAUCUUGUCGAUCGUUGCAAUUGUGAUGGAUUAUUCCCACAUCGUGGGCCACGAGCAUUUGCCUAACGCCAGCUGGUACUUUACGAUGAUAAGUUCCGGCCUUAGUGUGCUGUUCUCGAUCUUGGUGGUAGUCGCCGUUCUUACGGACCAAGUAUUUCUGUUGUUACCAUGGCUGUUUCUGUACAUAUGGAUAAUUGUUGGCACGAUCAUUGGAUUCGUCUACAUGAUCACUCUGUACUCUGUAAAUGGUUACAUAUGGUUUGGCCUAAUUUUGUUUGCCUUUGGUGCCGCAUUUAUCAUGAUCAUGAUGUACGCGUGGGUAAUCGUGUACAGCUACUUACGAAAAGUGAAACGCGACAGGAUGACUGGCAAGAUCCUGAUGCCUUACGACAACCAAUUCGCGUGUCAUAACCCUUAAAUAUUCACGGAGACGAAUCGAUUACCUGGCGUGAAGAAGAUCGCGAUCAACGAAUCUUGCCGUCAUCGAGUGACUAAUUGAUCGUAGAGUUUAGUUGGAAAUUGAAUUACCGCAGUCACGGAAAAAUACGAAACACUCUCGUCUUCCAUCGACGGUAUUUUCAUUGAAUAUAAUCGUUCUUGUAAUCGCGAAAGGUAAAUUCGAUUAUUAUUUCAGUCAUCGUUGUCAUCGUCGCUGUUAUUGUUAUCUCUUCAAGUACAGAAAUGUGUUUUUCGAAGUUUACCAGCUAAUAAAUGAAAUGUGAAUGGCGAUGAUAAUACAGAAACCAAAGUAAAGACAGGUCAAAAUACGAGAUCUACAUUUAUAUGUAUUUUUUAUACAAUUUUUAUAUAAAGCGUUAACAUUUAUAACAAGCAUACGACGCUUAUUAUUGUCACAUGACAAGUUUAGUUAUACUAAAGGUACAUUAUACAUACUUUCGUAUUCGUUUCAUAGCUUGUUGAUUUUUAUUUUACUAUUAAGUCGUUCGUGCGCUAAUGUAUUACAUUAAUAUACAUUUUAUACAAAA